UCGUGCUUUUCUUCAAAGGAAGGAUCGAAUUAUCCAAAUUCUCCUAGUAUAUGUGUUAUACUUCGAAAUGCAUGCGUUAAGUGACUUAUUGUUAACGUUAAAAUUAAAAUGUGUGUGUCUGCGUGAAUAAUUGCGUGCGCGAUAAUUCGAAGUAAACGUACGCGAUUAGCUACACGGAUCUGAAAUAAUAUAAUUCGCCACAGAAAUAAAAACGCGCGAAAUGCUGCGUGACGAUUAUUCAAGGACGACGUCAUCGAUAUUGCACGCUAUGCGCGCAUGCACUGCUUAUUAAAUGCGUGGAAAAUAUGAUAAAUAUAUAUUAGACAUUAUAGUAAAUGCCUUUUAACAAAUAUUGAUAUUUAUUAGAUAUACAUUUUGUGUAUAGAUGAGAGAUCCACCUUUCGACAGGAACGAGUCAUAUUAUGUAUCUAAGAGUACGAUGACUAAUCAGUAUGAGCAGAAAGUAAUUCGAUAAUCAGCUGAUUGUGAGCGAUACAUUCGACAGCUAUUAACGCUUGACACGUGCCGCACAUUUCUCCAAGAUCGAAUUGCGAAAUAAUUCGUCGGAUCAAUUAAUAGUGUAAGCAUACAUGCAAAAUAUCAUUCGAAAUUAUCUUCCCUCUACCCACGCCAUUUGUUUAAAGCGCGUGCGCACACCAUUCUGUAAUCUGUAAUGCAUAUAGGGACGAGUAUACACAUGUAUACAUCGCUAUACGUCAUAGCGUGCGCCGUCCGACAAUACGCACCGCGUCGACUUUCAUUGGUGCAUCGUCAGCUGGUCGCGGGAGCGCGUAUUAGGUACUGUCAAGUACGGUCGAAAACGCGUUACAUAAAGUGAGCAAAGGACCACGAUGUGUGUGUUGAAUAUAGACGAUUGAAUACAAUAUCAUAUCGCAGUGAAACGUUUUUUUUUUCUCUUUUUUUCCUUUUAGAUAAUCGUGGAGGGAAGGCGAUCCCGUCAAGGUCUUGUGUCCGGAGAGAUAGUGUCGCUUUCGAUACCACUCUAGUACAUUCUCGCGAAAACGAGAUUCAUUCGAGGACAUUCGUGUGUCCACCGGACACUUGGACUGUAAUUUACAAAGGAAGCAAAGAUUAAUCGAGACGUGUCUUCAUCUCGCUAUAUGCUCUAUAUACGCUCGUGUAGUAUUUAUUAUACAUUAUCUGUCACGCGCGUGCUAUGUGCUCGUAGCGACAGUGACAGCUCCGCUAUAAGAACUUGCGACACUUCUGUGCGUCAGUGCGGUGAUUCUACGCCCACGCGCGACGACCAAUUAUUAUAUCGCCGUCUGUUGAACUCGAAUCCGAGCGUGUAUACUUGUGAUUACACUUAUUGUCAGUUAACACCUUGUCAACGUUGAAAUGUCUGGCAAUAUAAGAGAUAUCGAUCCGUUCAGCGAGAUUCCUAUGGAACAAGAUCCUUGCGAAGGCGAUGACAAAGCAAUCAUAGAGGAAAGUCCAAAGGACAAUGUAGAAAUUGUAAAUGAAGUUACUUAUGCAGAACCUUUGACUGCUGAAGAAAUACGUUGGUUUUAUAAAGAUGGUGUUGACAAAAGAUGGAAUGAAUUUGGUGGAUAUGACAGCAUAAGAAUCGAGAAACUUUAUCAAGAACGUCAAAGUUUAAUUAGAGAAAAUAAUGAUGAUAUAAACGGUUUGCCACCUGCUGAAAAAAUUGUUGUUAGAGGAGGCAUGUACGAUGUUGAAAUUGAUAAUAUGAAAUGUGUUUCAAUAUACUGGCCAGGUGAAGAAUGGGAAAUUAUGAGGAGUACAUGGUAUUACGAUGGAAGCUGGAUACCAUUAGAAACAGAACAUUCCAAAGUGAUAGAAGAAGUCCAUCUUAAAUUAUUCCAAAAAGAAAGAAAAAACAAUCAAAGUAUCUCAAAUUGUUAUACAAAUGCUCCUCAGUCCUGUAAAGUAUUACAUACCGAACAGUUCUCUGAAUUUCAUGUCGACUGGCAUUCAAUUAAUGAUGUGACACUAUACAGUGAAUAUACACCUACUAAAUUGAUGCGCAGCGUUACAUCAAAAUUAGGUUUUGCUAAAACAACAGGCUAUCGAUUAAAGAGGGGUUAUAAAACUCUUGCAAAUAUAGAAGAUAAGCCGCGGGAUAUUGACCAUCUAGUAUUUGUUGUUCAUGGAAUAGGACAGAAGCGUGAUACGGGAAAAAUUAUACGUAACACUACAUGUUUUCGGGAUUGCGUGGAUUGGCUUAAGCAAAAAUAUUUUCCAAAUUCCAAACACAGAGUUGAAUUUUUUGCAGUUGAAUGGCGAUCAUCGUUAAAAUUAGACGGAGAUAUAGUGGAAGCAAUUACACCCUAUAGUGUAUUAAGCAUACGUCACUUGCUAAAUACAUCAGCGAUGGAUAUUUUAUAUUACACAAGUCCAUUAUAUGGUGCUGAGGUUCGAACUGGCUUGCAGAAGGAGCUAAAUAGAUUAUACUUUAUGUUUGCAAGUCGGCAUCCUGGUUGGCAAGGAAAGGUUUCAAUUUUGGCACAUUCCCUAGGAUGUGUAAUUGUGUAUGACAUAGUUACAGGCUGGAUGGGACAUGACACGCGACUUCCAUCCCCACAGGCACAAGAAGUUUUAUUGCAAGGUUUACAAUUUCCUAUCGAGAAUUUAUUUUGUUUGGGUUCGCCGUUGUCUGUAUUCCUAGCGUUGCGUACACGUGCUCCAUCCAAUAGAUUAGACAUGAUGCCGCAAGGUUUAUGUAAGAGAUUUUACAAUAUAUUUCAUUGGUCCGAUCCAGUAGCUUAUCGAAUGGAACCACUUUUGGAAAGAGGUUACAGUAAAGUUGAACCAGUUCUCAUACCACCGUAUGGUGGAAUCGAUGGACAGCAAAUGCCCCCACAAUCGCCUUCGUCAUUGAACAAUGUGGAUCCAACUCUAUCGCCUACAGAAGGUGAUGAUAAAGAUGAUAGUCCAGUGGACACACCUAAUCGUAAUACAGAGAAGGGUUGGAGUCUUUGGGAUUUAGUGCGAGGCGGAUGGGCUGUUAAGGAAGGUCCGUCUUCGCCAACAGAUUCAAAUCCACCGAUCCGUCCAGGUCAAGAAUUAGCGCAACGAUUGGAUUAUGUACUACGUGCGGUCGGUUUAGGAAGGAAUUAUUUAUACACAGUAACAGCCCAUACGGGGUAUUGGAAUAACUAUGACGUGGCCUAUUUUGUAUUAACAAGACUGUUUCCGACGCUGGAAACGUGAUGGCAGUUUAAACAUUUUAACACAGAACUUUGUUUUCUGCUAAAAUGUUCUAGUCCACUAUAGGCCUCCAUCGAAUAUGUGAUAUCGCAAAUAGGCCUAUCACCAAAACAAUCUGUGAUAACGGAAAAACGAUACAAUAAUGUUAUAAAUUCUGUAGAAAUCAUUUUAUAAUAUUUGCAUAAUUUAAUAUUGCUGUAUAUAUCAAGUGAUAGGAGACGAGAGAAUUUUGUCUCUGCGCGUCUCGAAAGUAAUUUGUUUGUACCAAACAUAACAGGCGAUUAAUAUUUGUAUAUAAAAUAAUAGAGAAAAAGAGAGAUAUUCUCUAUAUUAUAGGAAUACAUGAAGGAAAUGAGUUUUCGCGAAUUACGUUACCUCCUGCUAUAAAUAUAAUUUAUGCACAAUUUAUUAAGAAUACGAUAUUUUACAAACUCUCUAUGUCUUGUUAUGAGAUAUGAAAUAAUUGUUUCCGAAUAGUUUAUAGGCAACUAAUAUAUUCUUAUUAAUCACGCCUUUGUUAUUUAUAUAUCGUCAUAUAUAAAUAACAUAUUUUAAUAAGGUUAGCGUCCAUGCUAAGUGCGUUAUUGAUCUUAAAGUAGAACGAAUUAAGAUAAAGUGAUGCUCUUUCGAAUUUUUCUUAUAUAUUUCAUAUAUAUUUAAAUCACAUAAAUCAAUUUAUAAGAACACAUAUUCAGAAGUAUUUAUUAAUAAUGCAGAAACAUAAAACACCACAACACUAAUUUACAUAGACUUUUAAAUAAUAUAUAUAUAUAUAAGUAUUUAAGAUAUAUAUGCUACUUAUAAAAAUAUGUAGCAUAAUUUUGUAUCUCCCUAAUUUUAUACAUAUCUCUUUAAUAUCUAAUAGCAAGUUCUUAUUAUCAUAAUAUUAUAAUUAUAUGAUUUCAUACCGUGCUUUAAAAAGUUUACUUAAGCACAAAAUAUUCUUAUGCAUUUUUCGAGAAUGAACGGAUUUAAUUAAUAAAUCUUUGAACAUGAUACUACUGAUGCUUCUCUGUAAAGAAAUUUUGCAAAAAUAAAGCUUGGAACUACUCU